AUGCGUCAACGAAGACCAUCCCCGCCAUCAACCUCCUCCUCCGUCUCACCACCUACUUCACCAUCUACUUCGCCACGUCGUACCCACACGAAGAUACGAUUGCGUAGCAGCAUCGACGGCCCAGAACCAGCAGUGAUUGGAGGGAUUGGCAAGUUAUUACGCCUAGUUCUCUAUGCUGCUGUUUUGGCUUUGAUUGUACCCUACAUCCACGGAUUUCUCUUCGGUAGCACGGAGGUAGGGAUAGAUGGAGGCAAUGCGGCCAAGGCGGGGUCCAAUGUUAGUGUUGGAGGACCAAAAGCUGUUGUUAAAGGAGCGAAGGGUGUGCUGGAGCAAGUUACGGAGCAAGUUGAUGUGUCCAACUUGAAACACGACGAUUACCUUGCUUCCACAGCUAAACAUGCUAAGCAAGUCUCGAAUCCUUCUCCCACCACUGUCAUCGCUAAACCUCUUCCACAGAAGCAACAAGCUCAGAAAGCAGCCCGGCCUAAACCUCCCACUCGACGAAGCCAGCACCACAAUGAAGAGGAAGAGGAGUACAUCCACCCAUCACCCCCUUCCAACAGCCCCAACUUGAUCUCAACCCUCCUAUCGAUGCUUUCAGCGAUCUAUGGCCUAACUCUAUCACUUUUACAUAUCACCUCCAUCCCCUUUCGCCUUCUAUUCUCCCUUGUCUUAUCACUUCUUACCUCCAUCUACGGCUACUCGCGCUUAGCGCUAUCACACACCCUUCGACCAGUCGUAACCCUGCUGGCUCCACUAACCUAUCUCGUAUCCGGGAUAGUGUACGUGUUUAUCCAAACUCCAGCACAACUUAUCGGUGCAGUUCUCGCCGAGCUUUAUCCGGUUUACAUCUUUUUGGGAGCAGCAACAGCCGUGGGGUUAGCAAUGGGUCUUGUUGCAGCUGCAGUAUUGUACAUCACUGCGAUUGUUUUUGUUGAUCGUGUACCCAAGCAGCAACGAGAACAGGCGAGGUUGGUGGAAGCGAACAAAGGCAAGCACAGGAUGAGGGGCGAGCGUGAGCAGGAUGACCUUGUGUUUGCAAGAGGAAAAGGUCAAAGCGAAUGUGGUUUGCGAGAAUCUACUCCACCAAGCGAACGAUAUCAGAGGUAUACGAACAAUCCACAACUUUCCCAUAUUCCCCAAUACUCAAGUGGAGGAGGGGGAUACUUUGCAAGCAAUCCACAAGGGUACGCUUCUUCGCCGCUAGUCUCCCCAACAACUCCUUAUCGAACAGGCAGAAGUGACAGCGAGGCAAGAAAAGGCAGUUACUCUUCCUAUUCUGCACCCACUUCUUCCUUACAGGCUGGUGUCGCUUAG